GUGCGCACUUAUCACUGGCUGAUGGAUCAGAAAAGCCAUAUGAUUUUUUUAUGUAGCUUAAAUAAUAUACACACAUUGACUAUGCUGAAGCUGCUGGUAUUAUCAAUAAUUCUACUCUUUAAUGCAACUGUAGUAAAUCUAUAUGUCGAAGAAAAUGGCAUCCAAUUAUCCGAUGUGAUUACAAUUGCAAGGAACGCCCAUAUCUGUUACAAUUUGGGAAUUCCGAAACAGAGCAAUGUGGCAUCAUCCGCAGCAUUGAAAAGUUCUCAUUGGGGUUCGUGCAUGCUUUUUUUUUCACCUGUACAUGGUAUAAAUAUGAUAUCGCCUGCAAAAGGCUUUCAAAUCAAAUAGUCAAAAAUUUUAAAUAACAAUGUCUAAAGUAUUCGUACUUGGAGCCACCGGCCAACUCGGAGCAUCUGUUGUGGAAGGUCUAUUGGAAAAGAACGUCUCUGUCACCGCUUACGCUCGUGACGCCAGCAAGGCAGAAAAGAUGUUUGCACAGUCUUCUAACUUGAAUGUUGUCCAAGGAGGUUACGAUGAUCUCGAUGUAUUCAAGGCUGCUGUUGCUGGACACGAGCGCCUUUUCCUGAUGGUACAGUCUUUCGGCAAUAUGCGCGGAAUCAAGUAUGCUUUUGCCAAGAUCGCAUAUGAAGCCGGAGUCAAGCAGAUCGUGGAUAUAUCUUGCACACAGGAGAUGGCACCUGCGUGGAGAUCAAACCCAGUGUGUGAGGAACAUCGUUCGUGUGAAGAAGCGGUUAUCAACAUACCCAACAGAGGAAAGUUUGUCGCCCUCCGUCCUGCUUUUUUCUUCAGCAACCACUUCAUGGGUGACAUCCACAGUAUUCGUAACGCUGAUGUCAUUAUGGGCUGCAAUCCGCCUGAUGAAAAGAAAAUGUGGAUCUCGCCUACCGAUAUCUCCGCAUUGGCAGUCAACGCUUUGACCGAGCCUAUUGAGCACCAUAACGAUUGUGCUUAUGAAAUGACCUCAGAAGCACUCUCAGGAAACGAGCGUGCACAAAUUUUGAGCAAGGUUCUCGGCAAAGAUAUCAAGUACGUUGAACGCAGCGCUGCCGAAGAGUACAAGGCUAACAGAAGCGUAGGCAUGCCUCACGACACCGCAUACGCUUUUGUGGAAUAUUUCCCGCAGGGUCAAGGUCAUAUAACACGUGGUCUGCCUAUACUUCUUGGUCGUGAUCCGGAAUCACUGGAAGCUUGGCUUGAGAAGAACAAGCAAGCCUUUUUGCAAUAGCUUAUACUUCUUUACGAAUUAAGUGUCUGGACUUGACCUAUAAUCCAAAUCUCUCCAUACUUGUAGUACAUUUUGAGAAAUGUUGAGUAUGAAUAAAGCGAAUCGUGUAUUUACAUCUAAG